UACACGCCCCUAACAUUGCAAUACAAGGUCAGAUCGAGAAAAAAAACUUUGUAAUACAAGAUGAGAGCUACACAAGUUCUACUCCUAGUCCUUGUCCUCUUCGUCCUAUCCCCAGAUCUGGCAAAGGCUAAGCUGCACUGCACGGAUUUCAUCAUAGUCAACCAGUGCGACGUGGACGAGAUCACAUGCCAACAUUACUGCUACAAGCAGUUCAAUGGAACCGGCAAGUGCAUCCCCAACAAAGGAUGCCAGUGUCAUUUCUGCUAUGCAACUCCACCCCAGCCAUCCCCUGCUAGCAGCUCCUAGUCGUAGUUUUCUCUGUAAUUUUCUGUUUCUUCAACAGUUAUGAACAUGAUUCGUUUCUA